CUUCGCGCUUCCUGAAAGACGUAAAUACGCUCUGAUGGAUCAUAAUAAUACUCAGUUGUCACUGUUGUUUUCUUUUAGAUGUUUGUAUGUUGAUUUACUGUUUAUAAACUGACACAGGAGGCACCUGAAGAACCCACAAUGCCUUAUUUUGGCUCAGAGGAGACAGUAAAAGAGCUCAAGCGAGCUCUGUCCAAUCCCAAUGUCCAAGCAGACCGUCUCCGGUACAAAAACUACAUUACCAAAGUCAUCAGGUACAUGACACAAGGUCUGGACGUCUCGGCUUUAUUUAUGGACAUGGUGAAAGCCAGUGCUACAGUUGAUAUUGUUCAGAAGAAGCUAGUUUAUCUUUACAUGUGCACCUAUGCCAGCGACAAGCCUGACCUGGCACUGCUGGCCAUCAACACGCUCCGUAAGGACUGCGCUGAUCCCAAUCCCAUGGUGCGAGGGUUGGCCCUGAGGAACAUGUGCAAUUUCAGAAUGCCGGGAAUGACGGAAUACAUAGAACAGCCCAUUGUUGCUGGUCUGCGGGACAAGGCCAGUUACGUAAGGAGAGUCGCUGUGCUUGGUUGUGCCAAAAUGCACAGUCUGCAGCCCAACACUGAGAUAGAUGGCAGUAUAGUGAAUGAGCUGUAUGCUCUUCUGAGGGACCCAGACCCUGUGGUUGUGGUGAACUGUCUUCGUGCCUUGGAGGAAAUUCUCAAAGAUGAGGGUGGUGUGGUUAUUAACAAACCCAUUGCUCAUCACCUUCUCAACAGAAUGAAGGACCUGGACAGUUGGGCUCAGAGUGAAGUCCUCACCUUCCUGCUCCGCUACCGUCCUCGUAGCGAUGACGAGUUGUUCGACAUCCUCAGUCUGCUAGACGCCUUCCUCCAAAGCGCUCACGCACACGUCGCAGUUGCCACGCUCCGCCUCUUCCUUCAUUUAGCCUCCGCCCACCCUGCCGUGCAGGCCGACGCCCUCCUGCGCACAAGCGCGCCUCUGCUGGCCACGUGCGGUGCUGGGUCACGCGAGCUUCGUUUCGCCGGGCUCUGUCACGUACAGCAGGUCAUGAGGAGUCAGCCGGGCCUUUUCGGCACACAUUACAAACGCUUCUUUUGUGGAUACUCCGAACCGAGUUACAUUAAAUUUCGCAAGAUGGAGAUCCUGGUGGAGCUGGUGAAUGAUGAAAAUGUGGCUUUGGUUUUGGAGGAGCUUAGAAGUUACUGCACCGAUGUGUCUCCCGAACUGGCUCAGGCAGCCAUUGCCGCUAUAGGUCGUAUUGCACGAACAUACAGUGAGAAGUGUCUGGAUAUCCUGACCGGCCUGCUGGCAUUGAAACAAGAUCACAUUACAUCAGCUGUGAUCCAGACGUUCAGGGAUUUGGUGUGGUUCUGUCCUCAGAGUACAGCAGCUGUGUGUCAGACAGUCGAGGCCUGUGUUGACAGUCCUCAAGAUAGUGAGGGAAAGCAAGCUCUGUUAUGGCUUCUGGGAGAACACGGUGACCAGAUCAGUAGCGCCCCCUAUGUGAUGGAGGGCUACAUAGACGGGCUGAAGACUGAGCUAUCCUCGGCCGUGAAGAUGGAGCUGCUGACCGCCGCAGUGAAGAUGUUCCUGUGCCGUCCUGCUGAGACUCAAGACAUGCUGGGCCGUCUCCUACAUUACUGUAUUGAGGAAGAGAGCGACAUGUGUGUACGUGACCGGGCUUUGCUGUACUAUAGACUUCUUCAGCGAGGAGUUGAAGAGACGAGGAAGGUUGUAACCGGACCCAAAUCCGAUCCGUCCAUGAGUGUUCUCACCGGACGCCAAGAAGAGCCCAUUAGUCAGUGGGCCUCUACCUUCAACACCCUCGGGCCGCUGUCUGGACGAGACUUAUGCCUUCAGGCUGCUGUUAUAUCGGCCACUGACCAGCCAUCAGACAGUGCAGAAAAAGAGCUGUUGCCAGGAAGUAAAGAAGUCCUCAUCUCCGGCCCAGAUGACACAGAAGAGGAGAUCAGUCUAUCUCUGGGUCCUCCUCUAUCCCAUGAGACUUUUGAGAAAAUGUGGCUGGACUUGGAGAUUCUCCACAGGCAAACUCUGGGUUUCCCUCGACCCAGAACGGCUCCGGAUACGUUACAGGCUGCCCUACAGCUGGUGAAGAUCCAGACUCUGGCCUUCACCCCGGGCGACACGGUGCCGUGGAAGGCCUACAUUUACACAAGGAGCACUGGGACCCUGAUCCUCGCCGAACUGUUGCAGGGGGACCCGCAGCCCCCUGGCAGUGAUGAAAGCCUGGUGGUAUCUGUCAAACAGCAGCCCGUAAACCAGCAUGCCAUCAAGGGAUUUGUUUCGAUACUCAAGAGUGUGCUGCAGACUCUUAAUGUUGAUAGUUUAUGAAAUUCAGAAGUGUGAUCUAUGUGUGAACUACUUUAAGGACAAUAUACAGUCCAUUACAGUACCUAAGAUGGAAGAUUUUUUUUUCUAAGUAUAAAACCCCUCCAGUUUAAAUCUGAAAGACUGGCUCACACACAUGCAAAUUUAGCAUGUGUGGUGAAAUAAACGAAAGCAUGUCUCUUUGGAGGUAUGAGGCUAUUUCAUUUAGUUUCCCAGCAGAACUGUACUGUACUGUGUGCUUUUGACAAGUCAAAUUAUAAAUUUGAGGUAUUCUUCUUUCUAGCACCCAACUGCAUAAUUAUAUCUUUAUCGCAGGUUAUAUUUUGCUUUUUCAACAUCUUGCAGACAAAAGCAAUGUUUACUGAACUGUAACAUUUGUUUUUAAUUUAUUUAUUAACACCAUUAUUUAUAGUAAAUAUGUGGGCCAUUAUACAAAACGGGUGCCUUUUGUGUUCCCCAAUAUGAAUAUACUUGUAAUAUUACAGCCAUUUUUUGAAGAAUUAAAUUCAUUUUAAGUGUUUGUUCUCUAUUCAUCUAGUCAUCGGGUUUUUUGAGUCGUUCGUUCAUCUUAUAGGGCUGUCACGUGAUGAACGCACGACUCGAACCCGAAGACUUGUCAGAUAAGAGGUGAGGUGAGUCAUAGACUAAAGACCCAGAUAAACAAUAAAUUAAUCUUUUCUGUUUCUUAUAGCA